AUGGUCGUCCUCGCCGCGAAGCCGCCGGCGCUCGACCAAAUCUCCCUGCUUCGAUCCCCCCAGCCCGGGGACGCCGCUUCCUUCUUCGGCGUGCCGGCCGUCGACCUGUCCAGCCCCGGCUCGGCUCUGGCCGUCGUGGACGCGUGCGAGCGGUUCGGUUUCUUCAAGGUCGUCAACCACGGCGUGCCAACGGGCGUCGUGGACCGGCUGGAGGCCGAGGCCGUCAGGUUCUUCGCGUCGCCGCAGCCGGACAAGGACGCGUGCGGCCCCGCCAACCCGCUCGGGUACGGGAACAAGCGCAUCGGCCGCAAUGGCGACAUGGGGUGGCUCGAGUACCUCCUCCUCGCCCUCGAUGGCGGCGGCCACGCCGCCUCGGUGGCCAAGGCCUCCCCUGUCCCGUCAUCCUCGCUGCGGGACGCGGUGAACCAGUACGUCGCCGCCGUGCGGGGCCUGGCGACGUCGGUGCUGGAGGCGGUGGUGGAGGGGCUCGGCGUGGCGCCGAGGGACGCGCUGAGCGCCAUGGUGACGGAUGCGGCGAGCGACCAGGUGUUCCGGAUCAACCACUACCCGGCGUGCCCGCUGCUGCAGCGCCUGCCGGACUCGUGCGGCGUCACCGGCUUCGGCGAGCACACGGACCCGCAGCUGGUGUCCGUGCUGCGCUCCAACGGCACGGCCGGCCUGCAGGUCGCGCUCCACGACGACGACGGGCGGUGGGUGCCCGUGCCGCCCGACCGCGACGCCUUCUUCGUCAUCGUCGGCGACUCGCUGCAGGUGCUGACGAAUGGGAGGCUGAAAAGUGUGCGGCACCGGGUGGUGGCCAACAGCCUGAAGCCGCGGGUGUCCAUGAUCUACUUCGCGGGACCGGCGCCGGCGCAGCGGAUGGCGCCAUUGCCGCAGCUGCUGGGGCACGGCGAGCAGAGCUUGUACAGGGACUUCACAUGGGGCGACUACAAGAAGGCUGCCUACCGAUCGCGCCUCGGAGACAACCGCCUGGACCCCUUCCGCGUCCUCCAGUGA